GUUACUCGGGCACCAUCACGGCCACCUCAGCGGAUCCCUUCUUUGAGGGCUCCUGCACGCCAGUGGCCUGCCCGGCCCACACUACGGGCACUACUGUGCCCGGGGGCUGCGAGUGCAAUGCAGGCUAUUCGGGCACCAUCACUGGCGACGACUCGAACCCGUACUAUGAGGGGGAGUGCAAGGCGGUGGCGUGCCCCGCAGGCUCCACAGGCGCCAGUAUUCCUGCUGGCUGCACGUGCAACGCUGGCUACGAAGGAUCGAUCGCCGUGAAGAAGGGCGAUCCCUUCCACGACGGCAAAUGCAAUGCAGUGGCAUGUCCUGCCAACUCCAAUGGCGCCAACGUGCCUGCGGGCUGCACAUGCGACGCAGGCUACACUGGCACCAUUACGGCCACAUCCAGCAAACCCUUCUACGCUGGCAGCUGCGAGGCCACGUGCAAGCUCUUCACUUGCCCAAAGGGCAUGAAGCCGAAGCCCGAGGACACCUUGGGCAACACAGAGGCGAAGUGCUGCGAGGCGAUUGCCUGUCCCGCCAACUCGAAGGGCACCAACGUGGUGGAGGGCUGCACCUGCAACGAUGGCUUCAGCGGGUCGGUGGCCAAGACGCAGACGAGCCCUUACUACACCAAUGGUUGCGCUGCAGUGGCCUGCCCUGAGCACUCCACUGGCACCGACGUGCCCAGCGGAUGUGCCUGCAAAGCAGGAUACAGCGGAACGAUCACCGCGAGCAAGGGCGGCAGCACAGGCAGCUGCAAGGCGGUGGCCUGCCCAACACACUCAUCCGGUGCAGACGUGCCUGGCGGCUGCGCAUGUGACGCCGGAUACUCUGGGGCGGUCACUGCCACGAGCGCCUCCCCGUUCUACAGCAGCUCCUGCAAGGCGGUUUCCUGCCCGGCGCACUCCACUGGCACGGACGUGCCAAGUGGCUGCAUUUGCAACGCGGGCUUUGAGGGCACCAUCGCCGCCACCAAGACAGAUCCCUUCUACAGCGGCGCCUGCAAAGCAGUCGCUUGCCCUGCCAACUCCAAGGGCACGGAUGUGCCAAGUGGCUGCACUUGCAAUGAUGGCUUCAGUGGCACCAUCAAAGCUUCGAAGAACUCACCCUUCUUCAGCGGCAAGUGUGAGCACGUGUCCUGCCCCGUCCAUUCCACAGGCAGCAACGUGGCCAGCGGCUGCACCUGCGACGCGGGCUACGAGGGCACCAUCGUUGCGGGAUCGCAGGGGUUUACCGGUCAGUGCUCAGCGGCGGACUGCCCGGCUCACUCCACGGGUGUCAGCAUCGUCGGCGGCUGCAACUGCGAAGCAGGCUACCAUGGCACCGUGGAGGCCAAGGUGGGGACCCCUUUCCACACCGGCAGCUGCGAGGCUUGGCAAUGCACACCGGGAGCGGAAACUUCUUGUGCGACCUGCGUGGAGCUUGUCAAGCGCACCAAGGCCGAUCACUGCCAGACCUGCAAUGCUGGCUACUUCAUUGAUGAGCCAGCCUGCAAGGUGAUGGCUGCCGACCAGAGCUGUGGAGGCGCUGACUGCGCCAAGCACUGCGUCGGCGACAAGUGCGGAUUCAAAUGCGCGGGCUCCCUCUUCGGAGUGCAGAGUUGCGCAGAGCAGUGCAAGGGCGUGCAAUGUGGCUACCAGUGCACCGGCGCCAACUGCGCAUCCUCUUGCGAAGGAGAGAAGUGCGCUUACGAGUGCAAUGGCGGCCUCGGCGAUGUGCAGCAGUGCGGCAUGAAAUGCAAAGGAAUGGAGUGCGGCUACUACUGCCGGGGCACUCAGUGCGCGAGAGAAUGUGACGGAGACCGCUGCGGCAGCUACUGCAGCGGCGAAGCAGGCCAGCUGGGUCACUGUGCGCACCAGUGCAAAGGAAGGCAGUGCGGCUUUGAGUGCAUCGGCUUCAAGUGUGCUCAGCAGUGCGUGGGAGAGCGCUGUGCUUACCGGUGCCAGGGUUCUCAUGAGGACAUGGGCUACUGCGCCGCCUCCUGCCAAGGCCUGGAGUGCGGCUACCGCUGCGAGGGCAGCAAUUGCGCAGAGCUGUGCCAAGGUGAGCGCUGUGGCUACUCGUGCGACAGCGGUUCUGGAAGCUUCCAAAGCUGCGCCAAAACGUGCAAGGGUGACGAGUGCGGCUACAUGUGCUCUGGCUCCACGUGCGCAUCCAGCUGCGAGGGCGAGCGCUGUGCUUAUCAGUGUUCAGGCAGCAAGGAGGGCAUCGAGCAGUGUGGAAAAUCAUGCCACGGCGUGGCUUGCGCCCAAAAGUGCACAGGUGCUGAGUGCGCCCGUGCGUGCGUCGGACCUUUCUGCGGCGCCGGUUGCAGCGGGACAUCAGGAGACAAAUCCUAUUGCGCCGCUGGCUGCGAGGGCCGCCGCUGUGGGGCAGGAUGCAAAG